AUGUUACUUGUCACGCUCUGGUCAAGCAUGCUGGCCUUGACAGGUCAGGGUGUCGCGCAAGAUCAUGGCAUUUCGCCCCCUGUCUACCCCAGCCCUCCUAGUGCUGGGAUUGGCUGGGAAGCAGCCUUUUCUCAAGCACAGAUAUUUGUGUCCAACUUGACAGUCGAAGAGAAGGCUCAACUCGUGACAGGGAUCGAGGGUCCGUGUGUGGGCAACAUUGGCAGCAUCCCGCGGCUUGGAUUUGAGGGGCUCUGCCUCCAAGACGGUCCUCUCGCCAUAAGACAGGCGACGUACGCCUCUGUUUUCCCAGCGGGGCUCACAGCUGCGGCGUCAUGGGACAGGGAACUCAUAUACCUGCGAGGCCUGUUCUUGGGAGCAGAGUUCAAAGGCAAAGGAAGUCAUGUGGCCCUUGGACCCGUUGUCGGUCCUCUAGGUCGGUCUGCGUACGGCGGACGCGGCUGGGAAGGAUUCUCCCCAGACCCAUACCUGACUGGUGCUGCAGCGGAGGAAACAAUUAUGAGUAUGCAACGCAGCGGCGUUCAGGCCUGCCUCAAGCAUUACAUUGGCAACGAGCAGGAAACGCAAAGGAAUCCAGGGUUAUCUCCAUCCGGCACCACGAUCGAAGCCGUCUCCUCCAACAUUGAUGAUCGGACUAUGCACGAGUUGUAUCUGUGGCCCUUCGCCAAUGGGGUCCGGGCUGGCACGGCUUCGAUCAUGUGCUCAUACAAUCGUGUGAAUGGUUCCUACGGGUGCCAGAAUUCCAAGACGUUAAAUGGACUGUUAAAAACAGAGCUGGGCUUUCAAGGCUAUGUGAUGUCUGACUGGCAGGCAACGCAUACUGGUGUACCUGCCGUCAAGGCCGGAUUAGAUAUGAAUAUGCCUGGACCUAUUGGCAGCUCGCGGAACAUCUCGUUCUUUGGCAGCAACAUCACUCACGCGGUGCAGAAUGGGACACUCGACCAGGAUCGGCUCGACGACAUGGUCACACGGAUCAUGACCCCUUACUUUGCCCUCAAUCAGAACGUAUAUCCACCGAUCGACGGAAUUGAGCCGACGCUCAACUCAGACUAUCCGCCUUAUCAACACCCAUUCACGUUUGGAGCCUCUGACGUGGACGUUAGAAGCGGCCACAGCCAACUCAUCCGCGAGCUUGCUGCUGCCGGAACAGUACUCUUGAAGAACACAAAUAACGUCUUGCCUCUGACGGCGCCAAAAACACUGGGUGUAUUCGGGAAUGAUGCUGGUGACUUGGUAAAUGGACAAUAUUUCCUGACCUCUGCAUUCCAGACUCCCUUCGGCUAUGAAUAUGGAACCCUUCCUGUUGCUGGUGGCAGUGGAGCAGGCCGACUGUCAUAUAUCGUCUCUCCACUCGAAGCCAUCAAAUACCGCGCAGCUUUAGAUGGCACUCUGGUACAGUAUAUCUUGAACAACAACUUGCUUAGUCGACCUGGUGGCCUGGGUGAGAUCCUGCCAAUCCCAGAAGUCUGCCUUGUGUUUCUUAAGUCCUGGGCAACUGAAGGAAGUGAUAGGCGCAGUCUCGAAGCAGACUGGGACAGCACAGCCGUCGUCAACUCCGUUGCUGCAUACUGCAAUAACACGGUGGUCAUCACGCACUCGGCUGGGCUGAACGUGAUGCCCUGGGCGCAUAACCCCAACGUUACAGCCAUUCUUGCGGCACAUCUUCCUGGACAAGAAUCUGGGAACGCCAUCGUCGACAUCCUUUAUGGAGCGGUCAGUCCAAGCGGUAAGCUGCCGUAUACCAUCGCCUUGAACGAGAGCGAUUACUCGUUUGGCGGCAUCACCAAUUCCACUGCAUUACUUCGGACCGAAAAUCCAAACGCAUGGCAAUCCAACUUCACUGAGGGUUUGCUGAUUGAUUACCGGCAUUUCGACUAUUAUAACAAAACAGUCUUGUAUGAGUUCGGCUUUGGCCUGUCCUAUACGACUUUCAACUUAUCAGACUUGAGGGUGGAGAAGCAAAACGCUAUGAUCAGUCCUCUUCCGGACUCUCUCCCGAUAGCCCCAGGUGGGAAUCCGUCGCUGUGGCAGAUACUCUGCACGGUGAAUUUUACGGUGGCGAACACCGGCGACGUGCUCGGCGGUGCGGUGCCGCAGCUGUACCUGUCCUUCCCACCCAUACCCAGCUCCAUGCCCACUCCACGCAACGUGCUCCGUGGCUUUGGCAAAAUCUGGCUCGAUCCUGGUGGAUCGCAGACCGCGAGCUUCCCACUGACAAGGCGGGAUUUGAGCUAUUGGAACGUUAACAAGCAGGAGUGGGUUAUCCCCUCUGGGACUUUUGUCGUGUCUAUUGGUUUCAGUUCGAGGGAUCUGACGCUAAAGGAUCAACUGACUGUUGUUGGAUGA